AUGGUGCUACAACGGAAUCCUCCCGAGGUCCAUCCUUCUGAAUUCUCUGAAUUCGGAGCAGCCUUCACAGAUCACCUGUUAGAGGAAUUCUGCAUCAGAUCUCACACUGCAUGUGAUGCCCGUCAGUGUAAGGAAAGUGACCAAGCCUGCAGUAGUCCCUCUCCACUAAGCUCUCCUGUGACAACUCUUAAUGGACAGAAACCCCAUAAGAGCAAGGUAUGUGGGAAUGACUUCAUUCCUGUAUCAACACUUAAGAAUCCUAUCAGAGAUAAACCUUAUGAAUGUAAGGAAUGUGGGAAAGCCUUUAGGUAUUCCUCAGCCCUCACUACACAUGAAAGAAUUCACAGUGGAGAGAAACCGCAUGAAUGUAAGGAAUGUGGGAAAGCUUUUUAUGAGGUCUCAUCCCUCACUAGACAUAUGAGAAUUCACAGCGGAGAGAGGCCUUACCAAUGUAUGGAAUGUAGCAAAGCCUAUCGUGAUUCCUCAUCCCUCAGGGCACAUAUGCGUAUUCACAAGGGACUAAGGCCUUAUGAAUGUAAGGAAUGUGGGAAAGCCUUUUAUGAGAGCUCAUCCCUCACUACACAUACAAGAAUUCACAGUGGAGAGAGGCCUUAUGAAUGUAAGGAAUGUGGGAAAGCCUUUUGUGAGAGCUCAUCCCUCACUAAACAUACAAGAAUUCACAGUGGAGAGAGGCCUUUUAAAUGUCAGCGAUGUGGGAAAGCCUUUAGGGUGGCCUCAUCCCUCACUACACAUAAAAGAACACACACUGGAGAGAAACCUUUCGAAUGUAAGGAAUGUGGGAAAGCCUUUAGGGAUACCUCAGCCCUCAUUACACAUAAAAGAACACACACUGGAGAGAAACCUUUCAAAUGUAAGGAAUGUGGGAAAGCCUUUAGGAGGGGCUCAACCCUCACUGCACAUAAAAGAACACACACUGGAGAGAAACCUUUCGAAUGUAAGGAAUGUGGGAAAGCCUUUAGGAGGGGCUCAACCCUCACUGCACAUAAAAGAACACACACUGGAGAGAAACCUUUCAAAUGUAAGGAAUGUGGGAAAACCUUUAGGGCAGCCUUAUCCCUCACUACACAUAAAAGAACACACACUGGAGAGAAACCUUUCAAAUGUAAGAAAUGUGGGAAAGCCUUUAGGGAUACCUCAUCCCUCAAUCAACACAAAAGAAUACACACUGGAGAGAGACCUUAUGAAUGUCAGCAAUGUGGGAAAUACUUUUCGCAACGCUCUUCGCUCCAUGCACACAAAAGAAUUCACAGUGGAGAGAAGCCUUUUAAAUGUGAGGAAUGUGGGAAAUCCUUUAAUUACUCCUCUGGCCUCACUGCACAUGAAAGAAUUCACAGUGGAGAGAAACCUUACAAAUGUAUGGAAUGUGGGAAAUUCUUUAGACAGCAGGCACAUCUCUUGUUACACAAGAGAUGUCACAGUGGAGAGAGGCCUUAUCAAUGUGAGGAAUGUGGGAAAGCCUUUAGAUACCCCUCAGAACUCCCUGUGCAUAGAAGAACUCACACUGGAAAAAUGCCUUAUGAAUGUAAAGAAUGUGGGAAAGUCUUUAAGCGAAAUUCAAGUCUCAUUACACAUCUAAGAGUUCACAGUGGAGAGAAGCCCUAUGCAUGUGAGGAAUGUGGGAAAGCCUUUCCUCAGUCCUCAUCUCUCACUAGACAUACAAGAACUCACAGUGGAGAGAGGCCUUAUGGAUGUAAGAGAAGCAAGGGCAAGAUCUGA